UGGGGCUUGUGCCGCGCUGCUGCCCAGAGGUUGUUUCCUAGUGUAUGUGCUGGUAAAGCCAUGAGCCAUUUUGCUACUCGAGAAAUAUCGCGUUGUCGCCGACAGCGGUUGCUUUUGCGACUCGAGCUAUGGCGUAUCUUAAACUAAGGAGAUUUGAGGAGGCAAAGAAUGAUUGCACUGAAGCUCUGAAUCUGGAUGACCGUUAUGUUAAAGCAUACUCACGACGAAUUACUGCUAGAAAAGGACUUGGGAAGCUUAAGGAAGCAAUGGAUGAUGCUGAAUUUGCUGUAAGUGUUGAUGCUAACAAUCCAGAUUUGAGGAAGCAGUAUUCCGAGAUAAAGGCGCAACUCAUGGAGAAAAUGGCGAAGAGAAGUUCAGUUCAAGCUAAACAUACAAUUUCUGAAUGUGAUAAAGCUGGAGAUAGAAAAGAUAUGUCUUCUCAUCCACUGAGUGAUCUGCAGAAGGACGGUUUCAUGGAAGUUGAUUUGCCUGUGAGAGCUGCUGCUGGAAUCAGAGAGUGUUCAGGUGGCACGUCCAAAGGAGCAUCUGGUGUAAGCCUCAGAGAUAAUAAUAUGCAGGAAGAAAAACCUUCGUGGUCAUGUUGAUCGUGCCCCCGCGGGAUCAAUAACCUUCUGGAGUUGGUGUAUUGAUCGCUAAGGCGCUGCCUUCUAGGUUAUAGUCGGAUCGUCAACGUCAUCACCUACCAAUUCGAUAAUUAAGUAUCUCAUCGAAAGAUCGGGACACCCUCGAGACUAUCACUCUCACCAAUGCAUAAAUCUGAACUGCGGAAGAUCUGGGCUCAAACAUUCCUUGCUGAAACUGCAUUGACAGAUAAAGUCGAAGCCCUCAGGCGGCUGCAAUCCAAGUACGUUGAAGGAGGAUGGCAGCAGGAAGACAUGUUGGCUCUGAGUUAAGAUAGUGUUGUAAAGGCAGUUCAUUAGAAAUCUUUAGGAACCACUUGGGGCUGUGAACCAUAUAAGGUUCUACUUUAAGGACAUUGGGGAGUACCAAUGUACCAUAUAGUUGUUGAGUUCUUGAAGAGGUUGGCUGAAAGGCAUGUUGAUCAGUCCUAUGGCUACUGA